CCGGAGUCCUGCCCCUGGCCCGUCACUGACACUAUUACAUGCGGGAUUGUUUUGUAACAGUUUUUUUUUUCAAACUUUCAGCCAAUCAGAGCGCUCGUCUGAGGUCACAUGACCCAAUUUUACAUAACAUUUUUUUUCUCUAGUCUCUGUCCAUUGAGAAACCCAUCGGAGCUCUGUGUACUUGACAGGCGGAGCGGUUCGGGUCAGUCAUGCUGGACCCGGACUGGAGACCAGACUUGGUCCAGUGACGCUGCAAAUGGGCUCAGAGCGGGAGAGCAUGCUGCACCUCGCAGCUCAAGCUUUCCGGGCGAAAAACUUCGACCUGGCGGCGGAAAUCUACGAGUGUCAGCUGGCGUGUCUGGGAGAACCGGGGACCAGGCUGGAGCUGAUGGUGAAGCGGGCGGACGCGCUCGCUUUCGGGGGUAAAGUCUCGGACGCGUUCGAUGUCUACCGGCAAGCCUCGGAGAUCGAGAAACUCCGACCGGUUCACCUGGCCAACCUGGUGGACUACCUCACCCGCAACAUCCGGACACAAGACCGCCGGACUGUCGGGGAGGCGGCGCGGGCAGGAGGCGAGUCCCCCGGACGCGGGAUCAUCUCCUGCGGGAUGUGUCUGAGCUUCCUGUUCGAGCCCGUCACGCUGCCGUGCGGGCACUGCUUCUGUAGGAAAUGUCUGGAGCGGGAGAAGAAGGAGAAGGAGCGGCCGGUCGUGUGUAAGGAGUGCAGGGCCAGCUCCAGGGUGGCGGACGUCCAGAGCUACCGGGUCAACGUGGUGCUCAGCAACCUGCUCGGCAAGUGGUUCCCGGAGCUGCAGCGGGCUGGCCGGCUGAGGCGGGAGGGGAACGGGCUGUACGCCGAGAGGAAGAUGGAAGCGGCGCUGGACAAGUACAACCAAGCCGUACUUAUCGCUCCCACAGACCACAUCCUCUUCAGCAAUCGCUCGCAGAUCCAUUCGAGUCUAAAAAACUUUGAAAAAGCCCUGAGAGACGCUGAGACGGCGUGCCAGCUGAUGCCUCUCUGGUCCAGGGGUCACAUUCGUAAGGCUCAGGCCUUGGUGUCUCUGGGAAGGACGGACGAGGCCCUGAGAGAAUACCUGGUCAGUUUGUCCAUCGAGCCGGACUGCAAACUGGCCAAAACUGAAGCUCUUAAGCUCCUCAGUAACUUCCUGUCUCCGGUCACGGAUCAGGUCUCUGAGCACAUCUCCGACUAUUCCAACAUGCUGUCUUCCAAAGCGCACAUCAAAAGCAACAUCAGCACUCCCUUUCAGACUGGCACUCCUGCCGUGCCGUCUUCAGAAUCCAGUUUUUCCUGUGGCCUCCCGACGCUUGAAGUCUCAGAGGAAGUUCUGCGGCAGCCUCAGACCUGGAGGGCGGACCGCUGCCGCCUCCUGAAACGGAAACGAAGGAGCUCAGAAGAAGCGGAAGAACGACAGGAGGAAGCUGACGAUCAGAAGAAAUCAAAACCUGAGCCAACAGAGGGGUCUGUGUUUUUAUCAGUGGACGGUAAUGUCGUGGACCCCACAGAUCUGGAAUGUUCUCUGUGUAUGAGACUGUUUUACGAGCCGGUGACGACGCCGUGCGGUCACACGUUCUGUCUUCGGUGUCUGGAGAGAUGUCUUGACCACAACCCAAAGUGUCCACUCUGCAAAGAGGAGCUGAGCGAGUACUUGGUCCAGAGGCAGUACUGUAAGACGGUGUUAAUGGAGAACUUGAUAUCCAAGUAUCUUCCGUCUGCGUUCAUGGAGAGGCAGAAAAUCCACCUGGAGGAGAUGGCUGAGCUCUCCAAUCUUAACAAGAAUGUGCCUAUCUUCGUGUGCACCAUGGCCUUCCCGACUGUUCCAUGCCCUCUCCACAUCUUCGAGCCCUGCUACCGACUGAUGAUCCGCAGGUGUAUGGAGACGGGAACAAACUGCUUCGGCAUGUGUCUUGGAGACGACCUGAAAGGGUUUGCUGACUACGGAUGUCUGCUGGAAAUUCGAGAUGUCAAGUUUUUCUCCGAUGGGCGUUCUGUGGUCGACACAAUUGGCAGACGGAGGUUUAAAGUGGUUCAGCACAGCGAGAGGGACGGAUACAACACAGCUGAUAUCGAAUACUUGGAGGAUGUAAAGGUUGAGGGGAUAGAAAAGCGAGAACUCCAGUCUCUCAAUGACAUUGUGUAUGACCUGGCCCUGGUUUGGGUUAACUCUCUAAAAGUGGAGCAGAAGGAACGAAUCGAAGGACAUUUUGGACCCAUGCCGGAAAAAGACAUAGAACUUCAGGCAAACCCAAACGGUCCCUCGUGGUGCUGGUGGCUGUUGGCCGUUCUGCCUUUGGAGGGUCGCGCCCAGCUGCCCUUCCUCGCCCUCACCUCUCUGAAAGAUCGUCUCAGCGGCAUCCGCAAAGUCCUGCUCUUCAUGGCGCAUAACAAACCGCGGUGAAAGCGCAAAACACAUCCUCCACAAAGCAGCAGCGGCCGUCCCGUUCUUCCCCUUCGAUGCACAAAGACUUUUUCUGUUCCUAGUCGUAGCAUGGACUUUAUCUACAUAUCAACGGCAAACUUGAAGCAGCAAUAAUAGAAAUAUUUUAACUCUGAGAGGAUUUCUGUUCACCGUUUUUCUCUUCAUAACGCACAAACAGGAGGCUGAUCUCACUUUUUCUGUCAUCAUAAUUUACAAAUGUAUCCAAAAAUAGAUUUAUUAAAAAAAAAACAACUUCAAAACAACAAAAAUCUAUAUUUUGUGUUAAUCAAAUUAAUGUAAUUGUUUAUAUAAAUACUGAAAUUAUAAAGUCAAGGUUUAAUAUUAAGGUUAACUAAAACAGAUCAGUAAUAAUUCAUUGAAUUAUUUGUUCUAAUCUUAAAAAAUAAAUAAGUAAAUUGAAAGAAAUGCUAAUUCCAGAUUAAACGGGCUCUUUUACUGUCUGGGAAUAAUCGUCUUCCGCCUUUCUUCGCUUCCUUUCCCACCUCCUUCCAAUCUCUUAUCCAAAAGAUCCGACUGGAGCGUUACUCGUUGCUGUGCUUUAAAGCUUUUAUUCCUUUUAAUCAUGCAUUUUUUUGGUGUGUGUGUUUUGAAAUUGUUUUUCCAUUAUUUAUUUUUUACAUCAAUGCAUGCAGUGACGUUGUUUACAUUUCACGAGGAAGAGCUGCUCAUUUUCCAAAGGCGUACCCUCCUUCUUUUUGCAGACUUAUCAGUUCUCAGUGGGAAGCUGGUGGUUUCAGACAUUUGAGCUUAUUUUAUUUUAUUUUUUUCCUUCAGGACAGGUUUCCUUGCAGGGCUGUCGAUUCUAAAUGUUUUAUUUUUGUGCUUUGGGCCCUCACUUAGUUCACUCACCCUCAGCAGUCUUUCUGAGAUGCUUGAAAAGGCAAAAAGGAAUAAGUGGAAUCAUUCCUAUGAAUUUAGGGAUUUUCUAAUUGCUAUUUAUUCCAUAUUUAUUCUAACUUUCUUUGCACUUCCACUUUAAGUUCAGCCGUGAUCAGAGUGCUUAAAGGAGGUUUUGAUCACAAUGGAAAAUCGGUGUAAAAUAGUGUAGCAGACCAGCAGAAGAUCCUCAUUCAUGAGUGUGACGGACGUCGGAGUAAAAAAAAGGCCAGUGCCUUCUGUACACAAACAAGGCAUUUCAAUAGCUCCCCUUUUUUACAGGAAGCAGUUUAUUCAGAUGAUUCUGCUUGUUGUAAACAAAUAAAAAUGAAAUAAAAACCUCGAGGCCUUGCUGAUGUCUGUCACACGAUUGUUGCUAAAAACGCAACCGUUCCGCUUUGCUCGUUUCUUUUGUAUUCAUUUCUUUUGUAAAGUCACACGGUUUGUAUUUAAUGAUUGUCUUCACUGCACAUGUUUGACUUUUCGCUUUUGUUUUUAUAAAAGGGCCAAAGCCAUGUAAUGCUGGAAAAUCUGUCAUAUGAAAAUAUGGAAUUCUCUAAUAUUUCUUUUUUUUUACUUCAACCAGAUGCUUGCAAUGUGUCACAAACUGCAAUGUAUUAUAAUACAAAUUUGUUUAGUGUGUUCAUUUUGUGGUGGUAUGAUUGUCUAGAUAGGCAUUAUUAUAAUCAGUGUUAUCAUUCUUAUUCCCCUUCUAAAUUUCUGUUUUAUUACCUAUAAGACGACAACAGAUGUGAAUAUUUUUAGCCUGUAAAUUCCAGGAUAUAGCCAUCAGUACAGACCCAUUGUAGAUCCAACACACGUCAGUGAUAUUUAUGAUGAGAACAAACAUUUAUGGUGAAAAUGUCAUCUCAUUUGGAAUAUUAUACUGCCCUGUUCUUUUAAAUGAGGGAAUUGGUGAAAAGAAGUCAUGUAAUGAGCCAGAAAUGUUAACUAAUAAAAAUAUUAGCUGGAA